AUGGCGUCAACGGUUGUGGCCCUCAGAAAACAUGGAGGAAGCGUUUACGAUGGACUGAUUUCAUCAUGGGAAGGUUUUCCUCAGCUCCAAGGUACUGAGAAAUACCUUAACAGUGGUAUUCUAGUGGAGCAACUGUACUUGAGGGAAAGGUCUUCAUUUAACAAAGCUGUGUGCCCUUUAGGUUUUAUAUUGAAUGACUCGACAGCCAUUGUUACCAUUUCUCUGUUGUCAUUUUCUUUCCUUUUAGAUACUUUACCAUUGAUUUUACUGACACCAGAACCUUUCCUUUCCCCAGCCUCUUUCCCACCAAUUUUCCAACUAAAGGAGUAUCCACCUCCACUUCCUUUUCCGCCUCCUUUCUUACCUUCUUCUCUUCUUCCCUCUCCUUCUUCACCUCCUCCCCCUCCUCCUUCCCCACCUGUUCCACCUUUACCACCACCAACACGUCCACUAACAACUCCUCCGCUAACUCCCACUCCACCACCUGCCUCUAUGCUAAUAGUACCUCCACCUGCUGCACCUCCACCGCCACCUGCACCUCCACCAGCUCCACCAGCUCCACCACCACCAGCUGUUUUCUCAGUACCUCCUCCUCCAACACUUGCUGCUCCUCCACCACCCUCUCCUCCACCAAUUCCUCCUCCACCCCCUCCUCCACCAGCUUCUCCCCCACCAGUUCCUACUCCACCACCUCCUCCUUUACCAGCUGCUCCACCACCAGCUGCUUCCCCGCCAGCUGCUCCCCCACCAGGUCCUCCUCCACCAGUUCCACCCCCACCUGUUUUACCACCAGCUGCCCCCCCACCAGCUGCUCCUCUGCCAGCUUCACCACCAGCUCCUCCACCAGCUGCACCCCCACCAGCUUCACCACCAGCUGCUCCUUCACCAGAUUUACCACCAGCUGUCUUUCCACUUCCUUCUCCCACACCAGCUGAGGGAGGAAGUCCUAGCCUAUCUGUUAGCCAGGAUGGUAGCCAGAGUUUUGGUCCUUCACCAGGUGGUAGAGGAGCUGGAAUAGGCUUAGAUACGAUCAAAGUUGGCAUCAUCCAGAUGUCUUCCAGUUUUUUUCCUCCAGGAUUACAACAACAAGGACAGCAUGGUGGCAUCAUACAUGACUGUGGUUGACAUGGUAAGCAAUCCGAGCAGGAACAACCACAUGCUGAUGGAUUAAAACACGCACCACCUCCGCCUCCACAGGGCAUAAAACAUACGGAUCCGUCUUGCGAUGGAGAAUCGCCUGACUGAUCCUCAUUUAAUUUCUCUUUCUCUUUUCCAUUACCUUUAGGCUUACUCUUGUUGUCCUGCGUGCCUUUAAAGUGAUGAUCCUCAUUGUCGCUUCCCAUGUCAGGCUCUGCGCUAUCGUCAGUCCCACCAUCGUUUUCAUAAUCAUUAAGCCUUUUCAAUGCGUUUUCUAAAAUCUCGUAUAGUUUCUUAAAAUUUUCUCUUGAAAUAGAAUGAAGAGGACCUUCAGGUUUUUCUUCUUCCGUUCUCUUCGUAACAGAAAAACCAUGACCGUAUCUUUGAAUUAACAGUACUUUUUUCGAAAAAGGUCGUGAGUCCUCGAUUGCCUUAAUAACUAAACCAUUGAAAUUUUUGAUAUGUUGUAGACGUUUAAAGAACGCAACGUAAUUAUAUUCACUUGAUUUGUUAUUGUAUAUUCCAACGGUGAAACACUGAAACUGAGUCAAUACAAUAGCAAACUUGAGAACUUCAUACAUUUCAGUCCAUAUUUCUCCCAGUUCCUCUUCCCCUUUGUGUGAAAUUUCGACUGCAUUGUUCAGCUAACAGUAGGGAAUUCCUUGCUAUGAUGCCAUAGGUACUUUCUUAUACAAAGCAUGUUUUCAAAGUUUUCUUCUUCACUUAGUGAAACGAUGAAAGAGAAAAAAAUGUCAUGACUUUUUACCACCUUGACUCCUAGUGUUAUCGAGUAUGUAAGUUAACAGGUCUCUCUAUUGUCAAAGACUUUGGGUUAUCAAUCAUUCAUGCCCAGAUCUAGAAGGCGUUUGAACAAUGUAUAAGAUUAAGAAAGAUUGAGAAAGAUUGUAAAGUUUGCGGCGCUCGGUCUUGACCACUGAGCUGCUGAUAAUUAUUAAUAAGAGAACCAAGAUUGUCAAAUCUGUGAUGAAUGGAUUGGUCGAGAUUAGCUGUACAUUUUUAAAUGAAUGAAUUAUUUGCUUCGAGUAACAUGCUCUCAAAAAGGUCACUUAUUUAAUAAACCUUCGCCUAGUUAAAUGAAACGCUUUUAAUUAACAAAUUAUUUGCUAAAUGUUAUAAAGUGAUCAUCAAACUCUCGGACCUAUCUCCUUUUCCGACCUAAGUAAACUCCACAAUGUGGAUGGCCACAUUUUGCUUUUGCCUUUAAAGGUUUCAUUUUAAAUUUCGGUGGAGUGUAUUUAACCUUGUACAUUAUCAUCGGACGCAUUAAGCAACAUCCAGCGCAACCACAAAGAGGAAAGUAAGGGAAAGAUGGCUUCGGUUUGGAAGACUUAUCCUUUACUUUCGUUCCUCGUCCAUCUUUCGAUGUGUUUUGACUUAAACUCUUCAGACUGCCCAAAGCCUUUUCCAAUAGUUUGCAAACUGUUUUUAUCUUAAGUGAGUCUGGAUUUCUUGUAGCGACAUAGCUUCCGGCUCGUUUCCCCCUUCUUGGGCCUAAACUCCGUUCCACUUUACCACUGUGUAGACGUCUUGUGCUGUUGCAAGAACUUAAGCCAAUUUUCUGUGAAUUUUUUUCUUGAGAAAAUGCGGUAGAAGCACAGUUAGUCUCAGGAGUUUCACAACCAACGCUUUCGAUUGCUGAACAAUAGCCAGGUUGAGUUGAAACAAUGCUCAGGCAACAAAACGUUAAACGCCAGAGACUUUUCUUAAGCCAUUUUUUCGUCGACAGCGAUGUCAUCCUCUUAUUUUUUCUUGAAAUAUCUUUCAUCAUCUA